AUGCUCAGCGGGCCGCCUCGGCUCGUGCCCUUCCUCUUCGUGGCCUUUGUGCUGGCGCUAGUGGUGUGGUAUCGUCACGGCGUGUCAGGCACAGGGGCCAGCGCGUCGCUGUCGCCAUGGAAGCUCGGGUCCGCCUUGUCGACAGAGCGGCCGUCGUCGCUGCGGCCGGGAGUGGAUCCACUGGACUUCAGCAUUCCGUUGCGCUUCUCCGAGGGGCAGCCCAAGCCCGCAGGCAGCAACUACACAUUCAAAAUCGUGGUGCCCAAGACGACCAAGGAAGACCUGGAAUGGAUGCAGCAGGAGAUUCCACAUGCGCCGCUGGUCGUCUACGAGGUCGACAACGACAAGGCGGAGAACAAGGUGCCCAAGAACAAGGGCCGUGAGGCUAUGGUCUACCUCAGCUACAUCAUCGACCACUAUGACGACCUCCCCGACACCUCGCUCUUCAUGCACGCCCACCGCCAUGCGUGGCACAACAACCAGCUCAUGGGCCUCGACGCCGCCCAGAUCGUCAACCGCCUCAACCACGACCGCGUCGCCCGCCUCGGCUACAUGAACGUGCGAUGCCACCACGAUCCCGGCUGCCCGGACUGGAUCCACAUGGACCGCCCCGGCGGCGAUUUCGACUUCUUCCACAAGCCCGAGGAGAUCUACUGGCGCAAGAGCGUCUGGGAGGAGAUCCACCCGGGCGCCCCCAUCCCGCCCUCCAUCUCGGGCAUUUGUUGUGCCCAGUUCGCCGUCUCACGCGACAGGAUUCGCCAAGUGCCUCUCGAGCGCUUCCAGCACUACCGCAAGUGGCUGCUCACCACCGGCAUGGAUGAUCAGUUCUCCGGUCGCAUCUUCGAGUACAUCUGGCACUAUAUCUUCACCGGCCAUGAAAUCUACUGCCCAGCCAUGAACACGUGUUACUGCGACGGCUACGGCAUCUGCUUCGGCGGCCGCCAGAAGUUCGACGACUACAUCAAGAAGCAGGACGAUCGCAACGCAAAAUGGAAUCAGCUCGACGAAUUCAACAAGCGCGCAGACAAGGCCAAGGAAGACGGUAAAGAGCCCGACUUUACAGACGCCGAAAAGGUCACCAUGGACACGCUGAAGCGCACAAUUGGCGACAUGGACGUUGAGCUCGACAAGCUAAGAGAAGAUGCAAGGAAGCGGGGCGACGACCCCAAGCUGAGAGCAGAGGAGACGGAGACGUACGACUCCUCUCACAUUUGGGACUAUGCACCCCACGGCGAAAAGCUCUGA